AUGAUGGUCCACGAGUGGGCCCUCACGCUGCGCGAAGCCAUCGUGUUGCAAGGAGACAAGGGUGACAUGGCUAUCCUCUCGACGCGAACCGCGCUUGUAGAGAGCGUCGUGACCCCGCCAUUAACGUCGCUGAGCAUGUAUCUCUGGCGCGCGGCCGCGACCACGUCCUUUGGCCUGGCCGCCCUCUUGAUGCUCUUCCUCUCGCUGUGUGCCUACCACCGCCCGGUUGCCUCCAACUGGUUUUGCUGGCACCGUCUCGUGGGCGCGAUCUGGCUCAGUCGCAGCGUCGUGCUCCUUCGCGCGCUCGCAGCGACCGUAGCGCUCAUCACGACCGACAUUGCACUUGCCUCGGCGUCCUCCAGCGUCCUUACAGUCGUCCCCAAACCUUUGUUCCCGACGUUUGUUUUGGCCAGUGAAGUGCUCUGGUUGGCCUACACUAUCGUCGACAUACUCGCACCGUGGACGGAGCCCUUUACGAGCGUAUAUGCCCCGCGGGCCUCGGUCACCGCCUGGGUGCUCAUGGUUAUCUACGCGCAGUGGGAUGCGCUCACUGUCGCCGCCACCUUGCACCGAUCGUGUUUCGUUGUCAACAUGGACCAGCUCGUCGUUUGCACGAGCGGUAGCGUCGUCCUCGCCUCGGUGCGCUGGACGCUCAGUGUCGCUGACAUCAAUCUCGUGUGCAUGAGUGGAUUUGCGCUCGGACACUACUGGCACCGACGUCGACAGCUGCAGACUUUUGUGGCGCAGUGGUCGUCGUCGAUGCACCAGGUGCCGUCGCUCGCACUGCCCACGACAGCCAUCGCGUUUGUUCAGCCGCCGCCAUCGACCAAUGGCGACAUGACACUCGACGCGGUCACCGCCGCCAUGUGUGGGCUCUUCUACGUUCCGAAUCGGUUCAUUUUUGACGUUGAGCUCUGGCGCGUCUUCCCGCCGCUGCCGGCGAUCGCAGGGCCCGGCGGCGGUCUCUGGCUCCCUCGCGCCCACGCGGUCACUGGCAACGCGGCAGCCCCCACAUUAGAGCUGCUGCCACACCCGCCAAGAACCAAAGUCUGGCACAUCUUUACCCACUUGGAGUCCCUCGCACAGGCCAUGGGCUUUCUCUACUUGGGCGCGACCCUCUUUGGGAACGUGGCGUAUCUGAGUGUCGUCCAGUCGAAUCUCGCCAACGACUAUGGCUGGGCGGGCUUCAACGCCACGGGCACAUACGCUUUUCUCGGAAAUCUCUUCAAUCGACGGCUCCUGACCCACUCGUUUGACGAUGGAUUCACGCUGAACGACCCCGCUUUUGCCGACACUUCGCAGCUAUACAACCUCAGCGUUGGCGCCAUUCGCGUCAGUGGCCACGCCGCGCGGCGACAGCUCUUCUCACCUGACGUUGCACUGGAAGACGUCGUCGCCAACCUCCGGCGCAUGGACCCGUGCCGCUUGCCGUGGAUGUUUACGCAAUACUGCUUUGUCGACCUUGGUCGGCGCUGGUCGCUCGCGAGCUCGUCUGCGCGGGAAGCGCGGUGCCGCUCGCGGUAUGUGUCGAAUGGCGCCGUCUACUUGGAGACGAGCCUUGGCAACGUCAUGCGCUGGGACGACUGGACGCAGUGCUGGGGCACGUCGUUUGAGGUGGGCAUUGCGACGGCGCUCGCAACGUCGGUCGAUGGCCGCGACUGGCUCCGUGCGAUUCAAAGCAAUGCGAGAAGUUGCGUCGACGAAGCGGCCUACUGGCGCCAGGCCGGCGUCGCUGGGUUCACGCUGCAGUGGCAAAACUUCAAGACGACGGGCUUCUCGGAUGCGUUCUACAUUGAGAACGCACUGGGACUGCAGUAUGCGCUGCCGCUGAGCAAUACGCCAGGCGCGUACCACCUCACGCAGCAAAACUCGAUACGCAUGUACUGGAGCUUUGCCAGCGACCUCUGGGCCAUUUCGAAUAACGCGACACUGCUCGGGAGCGCCAGCCUCGUGCGCCAGAGUCCGAUGUUCGCCUACGCCAACACGACGCCGAUUGCGGUGUUGUUCCAGAACCUGACGCUCGUGCCGCCGUUGAACGCAGGCCUCGUGAGCUUGGAAACACAUAUCGGACCAUUUGGCAACGUCGACAUGAUCUAUGUGCCGGUGCCGUCGUCGCUCUCGGCGCUCUACGCCAACUUUACGGGCAGCCUCGCGCGUCUCUUGCUCGCCAACGAAAGUGCCACUCAGUGGUUCUUCCGCCUGCCCUACCGCACCUACUUGUACGAGUCGCUGCCAGGGUUAGGGCAGGACCCCAAUGUGCGCACUGUUGGCGGCAACCUCAUGUGUGGCAGUGACUGUCCAGCGUGGACGGCCAUGUAUGGGAUCGAUAGCUUCUUUGGCGUGCAUAAUCUUUGCCACGCCUUCUUCUCCGAAAAGCUGUCGCCAACCUCCACCAGCGUUUUGUUUUCUCUGCUUGGUCUCAACUCGACGCUGUCGCCCAUGCCUCUUGACAGACGAUCGACCAUGGCUGCCGUGUGCACGUACGAUGUCUACGCCACGCCAUCCUGCAUCGACGACUACCUCAUGUACGAUGCUUUUGCGUCAACUUAUGAGCUCACAUCAGUGGCCUCGCUGCUCGCUACCACCGUGGCUGACCUAACCUCGCUCAACAUCUCGGCCGUGCAAUGGCUGCAGCAUGGCGCGUCACCCCUCUUCCUCUACAUGACGCCGCUACUUGCAAGCGACGAGGUUUGGUCCUUCUAUGGGUGGGGCUUCAUCUACGAAUGGGUGAUCGGUCUACGCGAAGUCGUCGCAUUUGAUGGUGACGUUGGUCGCGUCACGACACUGUCGGCGUCGCAAGCACCGGCCCACUUCUCGCCCGAGAGCGCCGCAAUUGCGCCGAGCUUCUCGCUCGCGUGCUUGGUGUGUGUGCAGUACAUCACGCUGCUGCUCAUCGUCAUCUCCGUGCUGGUUGUGUGCACGGCGCUGCAGCAGCGCGGCCGCGUCGAGGCGCUCAACCUCUUGUACAUCAACCGCAUUGUCGGGCUUGUUUGGAUCGGCCGACCCUUGCUCCUUGUCCGCAGUCUCACGGCGCUUUGGCUGUUGCACACGACGCCGCUCGAGCUCGUCCAGACGCACGGCGUUCUCACGUCGUUUGUGAGCCUGCCGCUGCUGUGGUACAAGGUGAUUCUGGCCGGCGCCGAGCUCACGUGGAGUGUCUACAUUCUCAACGACCUUUUGAGCUGCUUGACGCAGCAGUACACGGCGUUGUAUGCACCAAAGAGCUCCAAUCUCACGUGGGCCGCGGCCAUUGUAUGGACGUACAUAGCACCGCAGCAGCACCGCGCAUUUCUCCACCGACAUUGCGUCGCGCACAAUAUGGACGAUGCGCUGCAGUGCGUCAGCGGAGGCGUCGAGAUUGGCAGCGUUGCCCGCGUCAGUGUCAGCAUUGGCAUUGGUAUCCUAGCGAUCGUGGUCUGCUGCAUCUUUGAGGUGCUGCGCCGCCCGAACGUACCGCCCAACAGCGUCGGAACCCUCUUAUUGAAUGCGCAGAGCUACUACGUACUCGACUUUGGCCGCUGGACCUGGGAAGGGGACGUGUACUUGGACAAGAUGUCUGCGAUCAUGGCCGGGAUCCUUGCAGUGCAAGUCCGCGAGUCGCUGUACGUGUUUGACAUCAAAACGUGGCGCCUCUUUCAUCAACCGGUGGAGCCGCCGUCGCUCAAGCCUGCGCGGCUCCGUCAGGCCGUGCCACUCAGUCGCGUAUAGCCCUAACCGUAAAUACGUCCAACAGAGCUUCAACAAGGGUGGCCUAUCGGUGCUAGCGAUGCCAUAAGUGCUGUGUACCCAAGUCCUGUA